GCGCGUGGCAGGAAGCGGAAGCGGAAGGGUCGGCGGGGCUGUUCCUUGACGUGUCCCUCCCGGGCAGCCGCCGCCGAUCGCUCUCAGCUCCCGUCCGGCGGCCGCCAUGGGCAUAAAAUUUCUUGAAGUAAUCAAGCCCUUCUGUGUGAUCUUGCCUGAAAUCCAAAAGCCAGAACGGAAGAUUCAGUUUAAGGAAAAGGUACUAUGGACUGCUAUUACACUCUUCAUCUUUUUAGUAUGCUGCCAGAUUCCCUUGUUUGGGAUCAUGUCAUCAGACUCAGCAGAUCCUUUCUACUGGAUGAGAGUGAUUUUGGCUUCAAAUAGAGGUACAUUGAUGGAGUUGGGUAUUUCACCUAUUGUCACUUCUGGGCUCAUCAUGCAGCUCCUGGCAGGUGCCAAGAUCAUUGAGGUUGGUGACACUCCAAAGGACAGAGCUCUCUUCAAUGGGGCACAGAAAUUGUUUGGAAUGAUCAUUACCAUUGGGCAGUCAAUUGUCUAUGUAAUGACUGGGAUGUAUGGAGACCCAUCUGAGAUGGGUGCUGGGAUCUGCUUGCUUAUCACAAUUCAGCUUUUUGUUGCUGGAUUGAUAGUUCUGCUGUUGGAUGAGCUCCUACAGAAAGGAUAUGGUCUUGGUUCUGGCAUCUCUCUCUUCAUUGCUACCAAUAUCUGUGAGACUAUUGUGUGGAAGGCAUUCAGCCCCACCACAGUGAACACAGGACGAGGCAUGGAAUUUGAGGGAGCCAUCAUUGCACUGUUCCAUCUGCUGGCCACUCGGACAGACAAAGUCAGAGCUCUCCGUGAGGCCUUUUACCGUCAGAACCUCCCCAACCUCAUGAACCUCAUCGCCACCAUCUUCGUCUUUGCUAUUGUCAUUUAUUUCCAGGGCUUCAGAGUGGAUCUUCCUAUCAAGUCUGCACGCUACCGUGGCCAGUACAACACUUACCCUAUCAAGCUGUUCUAUACUUCCAACAUUCCCAUCAUUCUUCAGUCUGCCCUGGUCUCAAACCUCUACGUCAUCUCCCAGAUGCUUUCUGCUCGCUUCAGUGGCAACUUACUGGUUAGCCUGCUGGGCACUUGGUCUGACACAUCAUCCGGAGGCCCUGCUCGUGCUUACCCAGUUGGUGGACUUUGUUAUUAUUUGUCACCUCCAGAAUCCUUUUCUUCAGUGUUAGAAGACCCUGUACAUGCAGUUGUUUAUAUUGUAUUUAUGUUGGGCUCCUGUGCUUUCUUCUCUAAGACAUGGAUUGAAGUCUCUGGCUCCUCUGCCAAAGAUGUUGCUAAACAGUUGAAAGAACAACAGAUGGUAAUGCGAGGCCACAGAGAAACUUCAAUGGUACAUGAACUGAACAGGUACAUCCCUACAGCUGCUGCCUUUGGUGGUCUCUGUAUUGGUGCCCUCUCCGUGCUGGCAGACUUCCUUGGGGCAAUUGGGUCUGGAACUGGAAUUUUGCUGGCUGUCACUAUCAUUUAUCAGUACUUUGAAAUCUUUGUAAAAGAACAGAGUGAAGUUGGCAGUAUGGGAGCUCUUCUCUUCUAAACCUAGCUUCUUCUCAUGGACCCAGGAAAAGAGGGGAGAAACAUUCUCAAAAUCUAGCCAGUCAAAUGAAAAGAAGUAACAUAAACUUGAUAAUGUCAUUCUGUGGGAACACAUAUUUUAAUAAUGUUUCCAAAGUGCAUUCCCUUAUGUUUAAACUUUUCUAGCAUACUGUUUGCAUUUUAUAACUUGAUGAAAAACGUAGAAAAAAAUUUUUUAAGAAAAUUGUUUUGUAAUUGUGUUAGGAGAAUCAGCUUUUUGAAUUGGAUUUAUUUCAAUGACUUGAAAUUUUUUUGAGCCCCUUUCAGAUUUAGUGUACCUGAGGCCUUUACAGGUUUUAAUAAAUAAUGGGAGGGGAGGGGGUUUAAAUGUUUGGGAGGGAUUUUUUUUUUUUCCAUUUAACUUGGUUUUGCAGCUCCUUUGUAGUAGGGGUGAGAAAAAGCUCUCCCUCUAAUGCUCAAGUUUCAAAAUUAUGGUUGUAAGCACAAACAGUGUUUAAUAUGUUCAGUUUUGUGGGGUUUGUUUUGGGUUUUUUUGUUGUUUUUUUUUUUCAGUAUGGCAGAUUUGGAAGGCAGUUAUUUCUUUUUACUAAAUGAGAUCUUGAAUUCCAAAAUGUUUUGUCUUGUACUUAUUUUGCUAGACCUUGUCAGAUGCUGAAUAUUGGCUUGAGCCUGUUGUCAGGUUUCUGUAUAAGACAGGAAUGUGUUCUUUCCCACCAUCCCUCCUCCACAAGCAGAAAACUCAGGUCAAUCUAGAUUCUGCCAGGGUCUGUGUCUAAGAGCUGCAGCUUUGAAACUUGGUCAUACUGGCAGCUUUGUAAAGCCUUCUAAUUAGUUUUCAUUGCCAUUAGAGGUAGAACUUCUAGAUCUGAUGCUAGCUGAAAGAAAUGGAUGUUAUGGCUGCUUAGAUGCAAAGCCCCUUGUGCUCUUUGCUAAAGCUAAGUUUCUCUCACUGAUAAUAAAUUCUGGUCAUGUUGCAAUCAGGAUAUUAUCUCACUACUCAUAGCUAGUGAAUUUUGAGCCUCAUUAUGAUAAAGGAAUGUGAAAAGAAUGUACAUUUCUAGUCUGUUUCUAUGGAUCUGGAGAUGAAACCCUUGUCAGAUAACUCCUGCUCAUGUAGAACGCUUUUCCAUCCUGUAAUCUCAUUUGACCUGAAUGGUGUGUACAAAAGGACUUUUUUAGCAGGUAUUGGGUCUUUUCAUUUUUGAGGAUCACACGUACAAACCAGAGAAAUUACAGUAAAAGGCAUUUAGGGACCAGAAUAAUAAAUAGUUUUCUAUUUUAAUUUAAGAUUGUCAGUACUAACCAGGUGCCUAGGACCAAAUGCAACUGUUUGUGUAUGAGUCUUGUAAAUACACUCUUCCUCAAUCAGUAUUGGACAAUGUGGAAACCAGAAUGAGACAUUAUAGUUCUGGGAUGUUUCUCUGCACCACAUCAACUUGGCUGUUGUGUGUUCUUGCAUGUUGGGCUGACAGAAUAUGAAUUAAUGUUUCUGCUUGGAGUGAUGGGACUCUGUUGCAUACCCAAAGAGCACAGGUGACACCCAGGAACCUUUGUUAAUGCACUGAGCUCAAAUACCAAAUGCAUGAGAAACCUGCAGAUUUGGACUGAGAUACACCUAUCAAUAAAAGUGAAACUCAUGGGGUGAGGGUCACAGUUGGAAAGAAGCAAAGGUAUUGGGCUGAAUUAUCUGUGAAUCACUCACUAUCAAGCAUUCACUAUUACUUCUCACUACAUUCAGAAUCUUUUGUCUUUCACAAAGUGCUGGAUGCCACAGCACCAUUUUCAUGUGAAACAAGGGAUGGUUAAAAAGUGGCUUUGAAAGGGGAGGAGCGUGGUGUGGUUCUUCUGCUUUGGGGAUAUUCAUAUUGUUUUUCCAGGAAGCCCAAUACAAAUUUAGUUUUGAAAUAAAAAGGAUUCCACUUUUGUACAUACAGCUCUGGCUGGGCUGAAGCUGUACUUGUAUUUUUUUUGUCAGAUGAUCUGUUUGAGCUAGCUGCAGUUUAGACCAUUAUCUCUUCAGUGUCUAAGCAGCACUUGUUCUCCACAUGUGUUUUUGUUGUCUAGUGCUGGAAUCUUUGUUGUCAGGCAGCUGUGUCCUCAAAGCAGGACCUGCUGAUCACACAGUGGAUGUUCACAAGAAGAAAUAAUGCCUAAACAAUCUGCUUUAUAAGGUAAUAAAGUACAUCUUUGGAGCUAA